AUGGGUACCCCUACCCGAGACGCUUUGAUCAAGCUGGCAACAAAUUCAAGUUUGACCCGAGACGCAUCUGUGCCGCAAAACUUAAGCGAUGAAAAGAAACACGAGAUCGAGCAACUCACCGAGCUCAGUGAUCUAAAGCGCAAUCGUGAUCAACUCCGGCGCGACCUGAUCGCACAAUAUCAUCAGCUGCACAAGGCUCGAGGGACCGCUCUAUACUCUGAAUUUGAAAGGGCCCAGAAACAAGUGAGAGCGAAAAGGAAGAAGCUGCAUAAAGUCGCUAAAGAUGAGCAGCAUGACGAUUUCUUUAAGCAUGUCGGAAACCACAUUGUCGAGGGAAAUUACCAGGGAAAGCCUCUCACCUUUGAGCCCGACAUAUCUCAUGUGGUUCCGGAGAGAAAGGCUCUUGCUGACCUUGAAUUCAAGAAUCGGGAUGUGGAUAAGAUCAGUGACGCUGAGCUACUUGAGGAUCGUAUUCGAUCUCUUGAGAUGCGACUGGCUCUCUAUCACCUGGAGGUACCAAAAACACUGCAGAAACGCAUCAAUUUUCGUGAACCUCCACCUGAGAUAAUCAGCUGUCCCGAAUUAUCGGAUAGCCUUCCACUUGAGAGCAAAAGUGGACUUGAGUGCCCGGUAUGCCUUGGCCGUCCUAGUAUGCAUUCGCGCGCGAGACGAUACACCUACGCCCGUAAAGAUACGUUACAGAGGCACUUCAAUACGCACAACUUGAAACAGAAGUUUCCAAAAGGGUGUACAUGUGAUUAUCCUGGAUGCGAGGAGGUCUUCUACACCCUCUCCAAGUAUAAGUUUCAUUUAGACAUGGUGCACAAGAUUUCUCUAUAG